GCGAGUCUCCGUUACUUCCAUUCGUGUUUCAGCGAUGGCAACCGCGACAAUGACGAGGACAGCUGCACGAUACGAUGCGCUGCCGGCCCUAUCAGACCCGCUUGUGGUACCCUUGUCUACGAGGGCCUAUAACCGCCAGUAUGCAUCAUUGUACGACUAUCGACUCCGGCGGCUCAAGCAUCCCAAAGGUCGCCUGCUUGCGAAAGCGCAGGCAAAAUGGGCUGCAUCGUCCUCUUUCUCGGCUGCAUCUUCCCAAAAAGGCAGCGGCAACAGCAAGAAAAGAGAGAUCAAGGAAGAAGAGGAAGAAAGAGCAGAUGCACUCUACGUCAAGAGAAUUCUCGACGUCAAGCAGGGGCAAGUCGUCUUUGUCAUUGGGACAGUCUACGUGUCGAUGCAACUCAAACCGGACGUCCUGGAGGACCUGACCAGAGAGCAAUAUCUUCCACCUCAGCCCGUUGCGGACCGGUACGCAGACCCUGCUUCGGACGAGGUGUACGUGGAGGAUGAGUCGGGGAGGGUAAGGCUGGUGGGAGACGCCGUGGGGGCAGAAGGGAGACUUCGGAGCAUGCUCAUCACCGGCGUCGUCGUGGCACUCCUCGGCACCGAAACAAGGUCAGGCGAUUUCGAGGUAGCUGACGCCAUCUUUGCUGGCGUUCCUGAGGAGACUGAAGAGGCGAAGCAAUCAAAGAUGGAGGUCGACGAAGUUAAAGAGGAUCAGUGGGUCGCCAUGGUCAGCGGUCUUGAGAUCGACGCCAUGCCUUCCGGCUCGCAAAACCAGGAGUCUAACUUGACCGACAGUCAAGGAGAUGACCUGAAUAUGUUUGGAACCUCGGAAAAGGAGCUGCGUUUGACAAUGCUGUCCGAAUGGCUGCAGGGCGAGGUGGGCAGCCCAGAGGACCGGGAGAUGGCGUCAAAGGUAACGAGCCUUGUCAUCGCCGGCAAUAGCAUCUCUAUGCCGCUCCGUGCCGACGAAGAGAUCAAAUCUCAGCCGCGGACACCAAUCCAACCGGGGCACUACCCAACCCUCACCCUGGACAACAUCCUCGCGGAUGUGGCCUCGACAAUGCACAUUCAUCUCCUGCCCGGUGCAUCGGAUCCUACAAGCAUUGCCUUGCCCCAGCAGCCGAUUCACUUUGCCCUCUUGCCAAAGACGAACCGAUUCGACUCCUUGCACCGGGAGACGAACCCAGCAUGGUUCGGCGUCGGUGGAAAGAAAUUCAUGGGCACGUCAGGUCAGAAUGUCGAUGACAUCUACAAGUACGCAAUUGAAGAGGACAACGAGGCGCGAUUGCGCUGCGCUUGUCGGACCCUCGACUGGGGCCAUGUCGCACCGACCGCUCCGGAUACUCUCGCCUGCUACCCGCUUGCGGACCGAGACCCAUUCCUGAUCGAAGACUGCCCGGACAUCUACUUUGUUGGCAACCAACCUAUGUUCGGCUCAAAAAUCUACCAGGGAUCCAACGGAAGGCGAAUCCUCGUCGUCCUUCUCCCGCGCUUUUCCACCACGGGCCAGCUUGUCCUCGUCCAGCCACACACGCUCCAGUGCAAGAUCAUCACGCUGGGCAUCGUGUCUUGACCCGCCCAAACCACAUCGAGAGUUGUCGUUAGAUUUUCAUUAGAAUGUCAGAGGGAAGGGCAUCAAGUUGUACGAUGAAAGAUAUACGAUGAACUGAGCGAAUAAACAAAAUC